AAGAAAUGGAGUUUAUUUAGCGGUCGUAUUGAAAAUGCAUUCAUACCGAAAGUUGCAGAUUGUGUACGUAUAGUAUCUGCUGCACUCAACUACUAUCGUGGCCCAAUCGGCGUGAAUACUAUUAAUACUAUUGAUACCGCUCUUGCUCAAUAUAUGCGUCAACAAUUAGGUCGGAAUAAUACAUUACAAGAUCGCCUUGAAAAUGGUGCAUUAUCUUCUCGUUCUCGAUGGGAAAAGAUAGAGGACAGUACGUUUGCUUUUCCACGAAUGUCCUUGAGCGAUAUACGUCAGUUAUUUUUCGGCACUUACCAGAUAAAAACCGGGCGUUAUUACGUCGAAGAACACUUUGAUAAAAAUGGAGAUUAUAUUAUUGAAGUCGAUUCCUCCAACGAUAAUAUCGUACGCGUAAAUAUACAGAGUCGCCACUCCAACAGUAAACUUUAUAAAUCUUGGAUACAAUACUCCUUUACUGCUGAUCCAAUCGAAGCUUGGUAUUGCAAGUGUACGGCUGGUGCGCGAAAUUUAGGAUGCUGCAGCCAUGUAGCUAGUGUUAUUUGGUAUCUUGCGUUCGCUCGUCACAACAAGUUUGCGCCAUCCGUAGGUCGUCAAAGACUAUUGCAAACAUUAACAACAACCGUAGAAGGGACUGAUACAGACUCUGAUAAUGAUUCAAGUUCAGAUGAUGAAUGA